AUGGACGUUCCUUGGGUUGUGGAGAUAAAACCUACGCAUGGAGUCGCUGGUAGUGCAGCGUUGCUAACGUGCGCGCCUACUUCAUCGGUGAAAACUCAUAUUGUGGUCACCCGAUGGUUCAAAGAUGGUGUCGGCCUAGCUCCAAUGGCUACUGACGCUGGAGGCCAGUAUGUGGUGGGAGGCAGUCGCGGGGAUAUCCUGGUGAUCCGAGACGCUCGACCCGAUGACACAAGUUCAUAUUCAUGUGAAGCACAGCAUAUACUCACUGGCGACAAGAGACGAAGUCCGCCUGCAAUGUUGGCAGUAUCACAUGCAACCGGAAGUAUGGCUCCACGAAUGAUAAGUGUGUCAGAAGAUGAAACUGUGCCUCAAGGAGGCGAUAUACGGCUUGUUUGCUGCGCUAUCGGAAGCCCACCACCAACUUACAGUUGGUUUCGUCAUGCUAACGGUCGUCUCAGUCCAGUAUCGAACAGCAUCAGAAUAUCGGUAUCAGAUCAAGUGCUGGUAAUUCGUCGGGCUCUGCUCUCAGAUGGGGGUGUAUGGACUUGCAGGGCACACAACCAGUAUGGUGAGCAGAGAAGGGACGCACGAUUGAGGGUCCGAUCCAGGCUUGUAGUCAGUGUGCACCCUCAACUACAGGUGGCAAAUUCAGGAAGUUCAGUUACUUUCAACUGCUCGGUCGAGGGUGGAGAGGCAAGAGUGAGAUGGCUACAUGACGGUGUACCUGUAGGGGGCGGUGAACGAGUACUGAGGGUCCAUGGUGUGGUGCGAGCCCACCGCGGCAUGUACCAGUGUUUUGCUGAAAGAGAUCUUGAUAGCGCACAGGCUGCUGCAGAACUGAGGCUCGGAGAUACCGCUCCCGAGCUGCAUUACACGUUUAUAGAGCAAGCUCUGCACCCUGGACCUUCACUGACUUUACACUGCUCCGCGUCUGGCUCUCCUCCGCCGCGGUUCACAUGGCUCCUAGACAUGCAGCCUAUAGAAGAACAUAACACCCCGCAAAGGAGUGUAACUCAGUUCAUGAACCCCAACGGCGACGUGGUCAGUUACUUGAACAUAACCUCAGUGCGGCCUGAAGACGGUGGCCGGUACACGUGCAGAGCGCACAACUCCCGGGGCGUGGUCGAACAUUCCACUCGGCUUAACGUUUACGGUUAUAUACUCGAUAUACGCUGGCAACGUGGCGGAGUAGACGUGAGUACGACGGGCGGUCGCGCUCUCUCGAGCCUGGGCGGCGAGCUCCUGUUGUGGCCUGCCGAGCCCGCGGACGCUGGAAUCUACUCGUGCCGAGUCACUGCACCAUCUGGCCAAUACGCACAGAAGGAUGUACAAAUAUUUGUGAGAAAUCCUCCCAAAAUCGCUGGGUUUUCAUUCCCAGCCGACUUAGUGGAAGGAAGUUCAAUACAAGUGCUUUGUGGUAUUACGUCCGGUGACAAGCCCGUUUACUUCUCGUGGCUCAAAGACGGACAGCACAUUCCUUCUAAUUUACAGGUACAAGAGAAAUCACUGGACGAAUUCAGUUUCCUAAUCUUCUCGCACGUCACAUCUAAACAUAGCGGAGAGUACACAUGUGUUGCCAGCAAUAAUGCUGCAGAAGUAAACCACACAGCUCGUCUCGCAGUUAAAGUUGCUCCAUCUUGGAUGUACGAACCUCAAGACGUGUCUGCGUUAUUAGGCACCCAGAUUAUUGCGCAGUGUUCAACUAAAGGCUAUCCAGAGCCACAGAUUGCUUGGUUGAAAGGACAAGGAGCCGGAGGGACAGACUUUCGUCCGUUAUCACGGCUGGAACUGCCCAUGACGGUGCUGAGCAACGGGUCGUUGACCGCAGCAGCCGCGGCGCGAGUGCACGAGGGUCGCUACAUGUGUAGAGCUGAUAAUGGCGUAGGGAGAGGGCUUUCUAAAGUCAUCACUAUUUCGGUCAAUGAGCCAGCCCACUUCGAAUUUUCCUCACGCAACAUGUCGGUGAGGCGCACUGCAGCGGUUGCCCUGUCGUGCGAGGCGCGCGGCGACCCACCCAUACAACUGCACUGGACCCACAAUAUGCAGCGCCUAGAUCUCUCCACUUAUAGAAUAUCAGUAUCUGAGAAGCGAUCGGAUAGUGGCGCGAGCUCCACGCUGAGUAUUGCUCAUGCUCAGAGGCGGGACUCUGGCGUGUACAGAUGCCGCGCGGAAAACGCUUACGGUCGAGAUGAACUGCUAAUUUAUCUCGCAGUUCAAGAGUUUCCGGAGGCACCGCGAGGGCUGAGCGUGACUCGGCGCGAGUCUCGCGGAGCGCGGUUGUCAUGGCGACGGGGGUACGACGGCAACGCGCGCCUGCGUGCGUACCGCCUGCAGUACCGCGUAGUCGGCGCCGAGCCUCGCACCGCACAGCGUGCCGACUGGACCGACGCGCCCACGCGUGAAUUGCCGCCCGAUCUCUUGAUACAAAGGAAAGAAUCUCUGGAUCCGGAUUCCGAAGUUAUCCUUGAGUAUCAAGUGGACGGCCUUCGGCCGGCUACAGCAUAUGCGUUAAGGCUGGCCGCAGUUAACGACAUUGGAGACAGUGAAUACUCGGAAUCUGUUAUAGUACAGACAUUAGAGGAAGAACCGUCAGAGCCACCUCGUAACAUUGAAAUACAAGCGGACGCGCCAGGGGAAUUACUUGUUAAAUGGCAAGCGCCGCCGCAGGAGUCGUGGAACGGCGAGCUACUAGGCUACGCGGUGUGGUGGCGCGGUAGCAACGCUACGCGGGCGCUCACUGUAGCGGGCUGGACGUCAGUUCGUGCGCGUUUGGGCUUGCUGCGGCCGCACGCACGCUACGAAGUACGCGUGCGCGCCUACAACUCGGUCGGCGCCAGUCCGCCCUCCGCACCCCUAGCUGCUGCUACGCUUGAGGACGUUCCAGAAGCUCCACCGCAAUACGUGCGCUGUGAACCUUUAUCAUCGCAGUCACUGCGAGUCUGGUGGGAGCCGCCGCCUGCAGCCGAACGAGGCGGGCUGGUAAUAGGCUAUGAGAUAACCUAUCAGGCAAUCAGCUCUGACGGGAUGCUUGAGUCGAUCCCAGAGACGCGUCGCACGGGCGGCUCGGAGACGGUGAUAUCCGCGUUACGCGCCGGCAACUACUCGUUGCUGGUGCGCGCGCGCACCGCGCCCGGCGCCGGCCCGCCAGCUCACGCACACUGCGCUACGCUCGACGACGUACCUGGACCACCUGCCGAUAUAAAAGCACUUGCAAACACAGAGAGUUCAGUGAUUGUAAGCUGGCUGUCACCGAUACAAAAGAACGGUAAAAUACGUCACUACACCGUUUACAACAGGCCACAAAGAACAGGCCAGCACUCGCACAUUACCGUUCUCCAUAUGGAGGGUGAAGAGGAGUAUCAGGUGGAGGUUCGUGGUCUGCAAGAGCAUCAGCUCUAUGAAUUCUGGGUGACGGCGGCGACAACUGCUGGAGAAGGGGAAAUGAGCGCCAUUAUUGUCAGGAAACCUAGUAGUAGAGCGCCGUUGAAGCUGUGGUCGUUUCCGCGUCGCAUCACGGCGAUGGAGGGCAGGCGCGUGGUGCUGUCGUGCGGCGCGGCGGGUGCGGCGGGCGCUGCACCGCGCGUGUGGACGCGACGUCACCCGCCGCCGCCAACCUCUGACACGCGCCUUAUCAUAGACUCAUACAGACUCAUCAUACCUAGCUACUCUCUGGAACACGCGCGCGGUGCUCUAGAGGCGUGGCACGUCACGUGGGUGGCGGGCACGGUGCGGGCGCACGUUCUACGACGGUUGGCCUGUGGAGCGGCGUAUCGCGUGCGAAUCGCAGCCCACGGGCCGGCUGGCAGUUCUCCGCAAAGCGCAGAGCUGGACGUCUCCACCAGCGGCGGUUCCCCAAAACCAGCGCUUGAUAAACACCUGUUCACAACAAACAGCUCCUGCAUCCGUCUCAAUCUUCUCACAUGGGACAGCAAUGGGUGUCCAAUCAACCAAUUUGUGAUAUCAGUUAAGAGUUUUGACGAUACUUCCUGGCGCACGCAGACCGUAGAGUUAGAGCCCCACCCACUUAGAAUUUGUGAUCUACAUUCGGCUACUUGGUAUCACCUCAGGAUUGUUGCAAUCAGCACGGCUGGAACCACUACUGCUACAUAUUACUUCUCAACUUUAACAGAAAACGGAGAGCGAAUACAGCAACCAGAACAAUUUCCACCGGGAGGGGAGGGCGUCAGCAUCGGCGGGAGUAGCGGGCUGGCGAUGCUGCUUACAGCUGCGGCUUUAUUGGCUGCUUUUGUUCUACUCGCUGCCCUUGCUUAUAAAAGAAGCAUAACACACCCCUGUUUUAGAAAGGGUUACGAACAAAGUGGAAUCACAGAGGAAGAAGAAAAGUCAGUUGAGAAAAGAGACAAUCGACGCAACUGCCAACAAGUGUACACGUCCUCGCCUAUCAAGCAUCCGAGUAGUAAAAAGGAACAACAAGAGAUGUACGAGAUCAGCCCGUACGCGACGUUCAGCAUGGCGGGCGGUGCGAGCGAUGCAGGUAGCGGGAGUGGCGCGUGCGGCGUGGGGGAUGUGGGGGUAGCGGGGGAGGGCGGGGCCACGCUGCGCACGUUCGGGCGCGCCGAGCCCGCGCCGCUCAGUGCCGCUCCGCCGCACCGCACCCACUGCCACCGCGACCCGCACCACCCCGAUGAUUACGGAUUAUCAAGAGCAAUGACGUUGACGGUUCGUCGUUCGGAGUCAGAUUCAGACUCCAGCGGCUCGCCGUGCGCGGAGUGCGGCGCCGCGGCCUACCGGCGUCCGCUCGUACCCGCUAAAGAAGAAGCUUUUCGUGCGGUGACGGACUCUAGUGCCGAAUCAGCAGUGGACGCGCGCUCUCUAGCACCACGUCGCCGCCCACGUCGACAUCACACACCCACCACUAGAUACCAACAGCGGCAAGAACAGGAAAGAAGAGACUUUACAAUUCAUGUGUAA